UGAUGUGGAUCUGUCUUCAGUCUCUACGAGAAGAAACUUAACUGUGUGUUUACGUGGUGAAGGCUGAACAAAUCGCUUCAAAAACGGAAGAUACUGCAAACGAACUGAAACGAUCUCCAAACUAUACAACUGGACGUAAGUUGAUUGUAAGUGAUAAAAAAAAAAAACAUUCGCUUCGUUAUAAAGUGGUGAAAAUCCAUUGUUAUUGAAAAGCCAACAGGAUAUUGAUAGCAAAAGGAAAAAGAAAAUAUCCAGCUUUUAGACAUAAAAACGUCACUGGUUACAAACCGAGUCAUGAAUUUGAACAACAGCACGGCCAUGACUGUAGCUGUCAAUGCGGGUGGCUCGGCGAGUUUGCCCCACAGUUUCUACUUUGUUACAGCAACUGUGCUAAUACUUAUUAUCAUUACCGCCAUCAUUGGAAACAUAUUGGUGUGCGUGGCCAUUCUUGUCAAUAACCAGCUCCGUUCAUCGCCCACCAUGGUUUUCAUUUUUUCCUUGGCUGUGUGCGAUUUGUUGACUGCUUGUCUCUCAAUGCCUUUCGACGUGAACCAGCAGCUCACCAACUUCAAAUGGACAUCUAGCGAGGGCCUCUGUCAAGCCUGGACAACUGCGUACCUUAUCACUGUGCCCUCAUCCAUUUGGAACCUUCUGGCGGUAAGUGUUGACCGGUACAAGAGCCUUAAGGACCCCUUGAGCCGCUAUAGACAAAGUCCCUUUAUGACGCGUAAGCGAGCGGCUCAAGUAGUUGUGCUCCUGUGGAUUUACUCAGCGGUUUUCGCUCUAGUACCUGUUAUGGGAUGGAAGUACAACCCAGCAAGUGUCAGAAAUAACUCAUGUUACUUCAACAUAACAACAAAUUACUCCAUAUUGAGCUCAUUUGUAAACUUUAUCUUCCCACUCCUGGUCAUGUGUUUUUUGUAUUUCAAGAUAUUCAUGAUAGCUCGAAACAUAAACAAAGAAAAAUUUGCCCAACCCAACAGUCGCUCAUGGGGGAGAUUAUCCAACGAAGCUACUUCAACGGAAGACGUUUUUAAAAUCACCAGGCGCAAUAAGCGAAGUGACAAGAGAAUCAAACAAAACAUAAAAACUGCUAAAAAUAUCUUGAUCAUAGUUGCAGCCUUUUUCCUUUGUUGGAUGCCCCACACGCUUCUCAGUUUAACCAUGAUUUUUCACGGGGUUGAGAUGGCGCAUAAAAUUCCCUCAGAGCUUUUCACAGUCUUCUUGCUCCUGGGAUAUCUGAACUCCGCUCUAAACCCACCUCUGUAUACAUUCCACAACAAGCGGUUUAAAGAAACCUACUUGAAAUGCCUCGGGCUCCAGAGACAAAAGACUCCACCUCCAAACCGUUUCUCGAACGUCACGGCCUUGAGCAACAUUGACUCGAACCAUUCGGGGUCUCCGACGAAAAACAUGGACAAUGAACAAAACGUGGAAGAACUUGUUGACAUUGAAGAAAAUAGCGUGUAGAGUCUAACUUUAAGCAGCCGCCAAACAAGGGAUUCUAUUACAAAUCUACUGGUAGUUCUUUCUCUGGUUCUGCCCUAGAAAAUUACCUAGUUAUUAUCAACAGUAUCAGCUGUACAAGAUAUAAAAAUGACUUAGUCGUAAAGGCUACUCCUUGAGAGACAAGCUUUGAUAUUACAGAACCAUAUUAAAACUUUUGAAACGGUAAGUUUCUGAAGCUUUGCAUUUAGUACCAUUUUUCAUCCAUCCCAUGAGAGAAAAAUAGUUUCUGAGUAUGAAAUAACACUCUAUUUUAGAAGAACUAACUAUAUAGUAUAGCGAACUCAUAAAGCAGUUGAAAUCAUAAUUUAAUCGACUUGGUCUCAAUUUGGUCUUGACUUUUCAUUGAAAUGUAGGUAUGUCACACUUGUACUUGUAUAAUUAUCAUCUACAGACACUUGACAUGCAUAAUUUGCUGAUAAUUCUGAAAUUAGAGCCGAUAUUUCCUUUGCCCUCUCAGUUUCCUGUUAUAUCUUUAAAACACAUUUUGUUUUCAUUAAAGCCCUACAAAACGUUUUCAAAGAUCGAUCAUGGUUGCCACGGUAUGGGCGGUUCUAUUAAAGUUGUUACAUAAAAAGAUAAAAAAAAAACAUAUUUGUUAUAACCGGCAGAGUUCCUUUUUAUCUGGAAUCAUACCGCCCCCUGAAGCACCCAUUAGUAAGAUAAAUACAAAAAGAAAACAACCUAUACUGCCAAAUAAUAAUGCUCAAAUCAAGCUUUCCCCUCUCUUUUUAGGCUCGAAAUUGGACAGAGUCUUAAAAUCAGGAUCAAGAGUCAUCGAAGGACUUUGAUAACUUUGCAUCACCCGCCGUUUAUUUAUAGAUGUUAAACGCAGUAUCGAUUUGUGUUAGUAAAUAGUGUGCAUGCUGUGGUUUAAUUUCAACCUAAAUGUUCAAAUCGUUGUACAAAUUUAUUUCUACCCAUCAAUUAUAAAUUACUGUGUCCUGGGAACCAAGAAAACUGAACUUUGAAGCUGGAAUAGAAAUUGAACGAAACUUAUACUGAUUAUCCUCGAUACUCUCCAAGUACAAUACACGUGGAUGCAUUUUAGACACAAAUGGUUACAAUAGCAGAAAAAAAAACUAGAAAAAACAUGGAUUUUGUCUCUCACAACAAGUUACGUUUAUUGUGAUGCUGAUUUAGGAGAUCAUUAUCAGAUCGAGCAGAGGAAACCAAUCUUUCAAACAAAGCUUACGCCAAAAUUCUCUUUAGACAGGCCCUAAAAUUGCGAAGGGAUUCUUGUUUUGAAACUGCUAGUAUUCCAAUCAAAUCAAUCAUACAGACAAUGUUGACAACCAGCUGCUUUGCGCUGCUGUAUUGAAUAAAAGGCAUUUUUAGGUGAUAGUGCACUUUAACAGAUGAAAUGAAAUGUAAGAUUCCAUAACAGGAAAUAGAAAGCGUUUUCGGAAAAGACUGUAUAACCUUCUCGGAAAAAAAGAAGGUGAGACAAAAAUUGUAACUUUUCUUUGUUUAGCUGCAUAAAGGUACAGCCUACUGGAACGCAUAAAUUGGUUACUUUAUAUACUGAAUUGUGGUCUACGCAAUAUCAAAUUUUUAGACGGAAAUUCAGUAUGGAAUGUUUUUGGUACUCAUACUCUGCCAUGUCACUUCUAGCAUAGCGUAAGGCAGGAUUUGCUCUUCCUAAUUCAAUACUUUGUCAACAAUGUCACAGAAUACAGAUUUUAAAG